AUGGAUCUUCCUGCAGUUGAUGCGUUCCCCAACUCGACAAGCGUGCCAGGUUUGACCAUAAUUAACAUCCUUGCACUAACGUUCUUCUCCGAGUACUUUGCAGUGUGCAUAAUCAAAGUGCCUAAUGAGGACCUUCUCCUCAGCGAGUCUUUACCGGUGCUCAUAAUUACCGUGGACUCGGAAUUCAACGCGACGUUCCAACGGGGAGUGGACGGCGCCUGCCAAGCCUUUAUAAUAUCCGAAAAGGCCUUCAUUUUGUUCUUGGACCUGUUCGUAUUCGUGCACGAUCGCUCGGACCAGCGAUCGCCGGGUAAGAAGGUCAUCGUCGUCAUGGAUUCAACUGACAGAGCUAAGCUCGAGCAGUUGACGAAUCAUCCGAACAUCCUGGAGGUACCGGAGGUACUCUUCGUUUGCCCAGAUGAGCCGAACGGUUCGAUCGAGUACCACACUACCGACAUCUCCAACAAUGGAACUCGGAGUACGUGGAACGUCAACAUUGUUCCGAUCACGCCUCCGGACUACUUCCCGGACAAGUUCCAGGAUAUGCAGGGGUAUCCGAUUCGAGUGAUCGCCUGCUCGUACCCUCCGUUUGUGCACUAUGAACAGUCGACUACCGAAAAGGCAAAUGCUCGCUACGAUCCUAAAUAUAUGAAGGAAGAUCUACCCUUGUUUAUGGAUGGAACCGAGCCUAUACUAAUACUGGAGUUUUGCCGGAUACACAAUUGUUCCGUGGAGGGGUCUUUUGAUGAGAUUGCGUACUGGGGUGAAGUCUUUGAAAAUCGCACUGGAACGGGUCUUCUGGGAGCAGUGAUUGAACGGCGAGCUGAUAUAGCCGUGGCUGCUGUCUACUAUUGGAGAAGAGCGUACGACUACGGAACCUACACCCACCAGAUGAGCCGAUCCGGAAUUACAGUUUUGGUACCAAAGCCACGGCUUCUGGCUCCUUGGCGGACUCCUUUCCUUUCCUUCACCGGAUCACUCUGGAUUGCAGUAUUCGUGACCUUCAUUGUUGCUACUGUGGCAGUCUGGUUGAUCGAGGGAGGUCGCUACAAGCUUCUACAGCCUCUGAACGAAAUGCCAAUCACGAUGAGCGAUUCCCUGCUCACCAUGAUCGGGUUCUACAUGGAGCAAAGUGCUCGCAUGCGUACCGACAUGGUGUCGUGUAUAUUUCUCUUUACAUCGUUGUUGUUUGCCGGAUUCAUGGUAGGCAACAGCUACGGUGGUGGUUUGGCCGGGGUAAUGACUGUGAAGCAGUACGAGAAACCCAUCGACACUACGAAGGAUCUUGCGGCAAGCGGGCUUCCGUUCGUAGGAGUAGCUUUGUCGUGGAUAUAUUCAAUUCUUUACUCAACUCAGCCCCAUGUCCAAACUCUGGUCAAAAACUACCGAAUCGUCGACGAGGACUACCUGGUCGAUCACAGUAAAACACACGACGUGGGAUUCUGCGUGGAGCAGUCCGAGUACGGUCACUUUGUGCCGUCCUCGUUUGUUGACGUGGAAGCGUCCACCAUGCUGCAGAAGCUCAAGGAUAACCUGUACUGGGAAACCGUAGCGGCGCUUGUGACCAAAACCUGCCCCUUCAAGCAACCGUUCAACGAUCUGAUCAUGAAGGUGAAGCAAACGGGCGUCCAGCACUACUGGGAGCUGCAGACCGUGAACCGCUACCUGCAGACAACGGUGCAGAAGAACAUCAUGGACACUCGCCAAGCCUGUGGUGACGAUGAAACUCAGGAGGUAUAA